AUGAGCCACGAGAACCAAUGGUCCGAUGAAAGAAAUAGUAGCCCUGGAAGACGAAGGACAGAUGAGUUUGCAGUGCUCCUGACGAUAAUUUUAAAUCUGAUAAUACCUAGCAGAGGAACAUCCGAGCCAGUGGGUGACCUGGUAACGCGAACCUCCCCUAUUUUUACCCAUGACCAGGAAGAGCCAGGAGGUUCCGGGUUUACGGUCGUUCACGGUAAGUGUUUUGAAAUUCUCGGGCCAUCCGCACGAAGAUUAUGCGGCUCGUUGGCCUUCAAGUUCCCCGCAUUUUUUACUGCGAUGCAAUAUUAUUAUUGUCAGCCGCCGCAAGUAAAUAUUUCGGUGACUGAUCGUUUCAUCGGAUAUGAUAAUUUCCAAUCCCAAGGUUGUCGACCAAGGACUCGAACGUUUGGAACUGUCAAAAACGCGGGGUCAUUUAUCGCUACCCCUGCAUACUCGACAUUUCCCCCGACUGCCGCACUGCAUCGGAAUGACGUACCGACCGCCAUGUACGGGCGGAUAUCCUGGAGGAAUAACCAACGCAAUAACCAACACAGGGGAAACGCUCCGCUCUUGUGGUUUGGCUCCAAUGAUUCUAGGAUGACCGGCACGGGUCUCUCAGGCUGGUGCACUCCGACACUACGGAUUUACAAUUUGUAUGGCUUGCUUGGAAAGCUCCAUGGCGUAGCUGCUAGCUUUGUGCAGAGCGGUGCCAAAAUUGCCAAUAAACCACCACUGGUCGUCGUCGUCGUCGUCUGGUGGUGGAUCCAUACCGAUAUAGCAUCUGUUACGACUAGUUACGACGAAAAUAAGCCUUUCAGAGGGUUCAAGAUCUAA